AAUGCUCCACACUCUACGCUCCAUACAAGCUCCUUUCACCCUUAAUAAUACUGCUCGUGCACUCUUUGCCAAAUUUGUCAGAGACAAGCCUCAUCUUAAUGUCGGUACCAUAGGACACAUCGAUCAUGGUAAAACAACACUUACCUCUGCCAUCACAAAAGUCUUGGCUAAAUAAUAGUAAUUAUAAAACAUAAAGGAAAUAGACUUGCUGAGUUCCAAGAAUAUGGUAAAAUUGAUAAGGCUCCUGAAGAAAAGGCUCGUGGUAUCACUAUCAAUAGUGCUACAGUGGAAUAUUAAACCAAAACUAGACAUUAUGGGUAAUAAUUAAUGCUAUAAUUUAUUUUACAGUCAUGUAGAUUGUCCAGGACAUAUUGAUUACGUCAAAAAUAUGAUCACAGGAGCUGCCAAGAUGGAUGCUGCCAUUUUAGUUGUGGCAGCCACAGAUGGUUGCAUGGCUUAAACACGUGAACAUGUGCUUCUAUGUCGUUAAGUUGGUGUGGAGACUAUUAUUGUGUUUGUUAAUAAGAUAGAUUUAGCCAAAGAUCCAGAAAUCCAUGAAUUGGUAGAGAUGGAAAUUAGAGAACUUCUUAGCAAAUAUGAAUAUGAUGGAGACAAUGCAAAGAUUGUAAAAGGUUCAGCAUUACUUGCAUCCAAUGACUAAGAACCUGAAUUAGGAGAAAAGUCUAUUCUUUAAUUACUUGAUACUAUGGAUAAAGAGAUCAAAAUACCAUAAAGACCAAUUGAUAAACCAUUUUUAAUGUCAAUAGAAGGCACAUAUCAUAUUGCUGGUAGAGGAACAGUUGUAACAGGAACUAUUGAUUAAGGUAAAGCAUCAAUCAAAGAUAAUAUUGAAAUUGUUGGAUAUGGAAAGCCAAAGUAAACUGCAAUUGUUGGAGUCGAAACAUUCAAAAAGCAACUUGAUUUUGGUGAGGCUGGUGACAAUGUAGGAAUUUUAAUCAGAGGUUUAACAAGAGAUGAUGUUAGAAGAGGAUAAGUUUUAUGUAAGCCAGGAUCUUUAACAACUCAUAAUUGUAUUGAAUCAAAUUUGUACAUUUUAAAGGAAGAAGAAGGAGGUCGUAAAAAACCAUUCCCUAAUGGUUAUCGUCCAUAAGUAAAUGCAAAUUAUUAUUUAUUUUAGAUGUUCGUAAGAACUGCCGACGUUGCUGUUACAUUGUAGUUACCAGAGAACAUCAAAGUAGGUAUGCCAGGUGAUAAUUUCACAUGCAAAUUGAAUCUCUCCUAUAACUUACCACUCUAUUAAGGUCAAAGAUUUGCCCUUAGAGAAGGAGGAAAGACUGUAGCUGCAGGUGUUAUAUCUAAAAUCUUACCUGAUGAAGUAGCCCCUACUUCUAAGAAAUAAAUAUUAGACAAACAAGAAGCAGCUGGUAUAUAUAAUCAUUUAUUAUUUUUAUAGAAAAAAAACAAAAGGAAGCAGAUGAUUCUAAAGCAGCAGCCGCAGCAAAAACUGCAGCAGCAGCAGCAAAGCCAGCAGGAGGAGCAAAACCAGCAGCAGGAGGUGCUAAACCUGCUGCUAAAGCACCACCAAAGAAAUGAG